CCUGGGCCAAACCAAUAUAUAAUUAGGUACCUAAUUCACGCAUAAAGGCACCAGAUACGUCCAUGUAGUCUCAAAACAACCAAUUGAUUUGGCAGACACUUCGCUUGGGGUCCAGACUCAUCAUGUUCUUCCAUCGAGUCGCCGUGCUCAUCGCGCUUCUAAGCCUGCAAUGUAUUAACGCGCGGCAUGUGAGCUUUCCAUACAAAUCAUCCGACACUGAACAAGUCCCUUUAGAGGAUCCCCGAAUUUUGGAGGGCCUAGUCGCAGAGGCCAUCGCCCACCGAGGGGACAGGAUAGGGUCUGGGGGGUAUGGAGACGUCUACGAUGUCACCAAAGAAAUAAACGGCCACCACGUUGUUCUGAAGACCAUCGAUCCAAAACACUCUGCCGGCCAAUACACUGGAGAAUGGGCGCAGAGAGAAGCGCAAAACCUCAAUACGGUCCAGCAGCUCGUUGCCUGGGGUGCAAAGGGCAACCCCCUCGAGAAAGAUGGAUUACAAAUGGCAUACUUUGUUAUGAUAUACAUGGGCAUGAAGCUUGAAGACGCUGUGAAAGCAGGAAUGCCCGGCAAUUUUCACUACCGUUCCGAGUUGACAGAGAAAGCAAGAGCUAGGUACAUCAAGGAGUUCCAAAUGAAAUCAAAGGACAUGGGGCAAAACAAUAUUGUCUUUAGGAAGAUUUCUGACCCCGAUGGUUGGCAAGCGGAAAUCAUUGAUUGGGAAAGCGCGGAAUGGCUAGGGGCGGGCACACAGCCUCCUGCGCCGCAUUGGGAGACUAUACAGUAAUCACACAAGAUCCUUUUUGGAAGCUCCGUGUGCCAAGGGUAGUGCUGCAUGUAUACAUUGCAGCCUGUAUCAACCAAUAACUUCAGGACUACAACACCAGAU